AACACUGUAAUAGACAGCUGUUUCCAGUAAACAAACGAAGUUCCACUCUCUUCUCUUCUAUAUUUAAGCGAUGUCGAGCAACAUGCUAGUUUAGUCGUCGCUCAGCCGUUUGUGUGUUCUGUUACUGAAUCAGAUAGUAUUAUUGAGACGUUUGAAAUGCCGGAGGGUUACACGAAAGCCACUGCCUGGCUGCAAAUCCACAGCCUGCUGAAUAGCAUCAACCACAUGCUCAUCUUUCUGGUGGCCGUCUUCUUUUUCAUCCUGGCGCGCAGUCUGGAGUUCAAGGAUACCGCCAUGCAUAUGUUUAUGACUGGCACUGGAUUCCACGUCCUUAUCGCCCAGGCCAUGAUGUCACAUUCGAAAGUGAACCCGCUCACCCGUUGGCUGUCGCACCGAAACAAGUCGCGCUUCCACGCCAUCCUGCAGAUUGUGGGUGGCUCCAUGGUGCUGUUGGGCUCCCUGGGCAAAUUUUCCAGCAAGGAGGUGCACUUCAACACCUGGCACGGCCGAGUGGGUGGAGCUGCUUCAUUUUUCUGCGCGGCCAGCAUUGUGGGUGGUUUCGUCAACUACUUCCAGCCCAAGAUCGCCCUGAAAGUGAUGCCUCCAUCGGAGCUUCGCUUCCGCCAUAAUCUAUUUGGCUUGGUCACCUUUACUCUGGGAAUGGGCGCCAUUUACCUGGGCUACUACUCGAAAUUCUUUACCAAGUAUGUGGACACUGACUUUAUUCCCGGCAUGAUGCUGAUCACCGGCAUUGUUUAUGGACUCACCAUUAUCGCGCCGGUGUCAUCGCUCCUAACUAAGCUUAAGUAUCGGUCCAAGAGGAAGGCGGAGCAGGCCCAGUAAGUGAUACUGGGGAGGAUGAGGCUGAGGCCACCGAGGCUAACCGAAAUUUGUCAGGUCCUAGCAUGAAAAUAAAUAGCUUGGCAUUUGGCCAAAUUGAAAUCUCUGGCCGCAACUCAAGUUGCACAUGCAGACGCAAAAAGAGUCGACAACCCGGCAGUCUGACAAUAUUAUAAUGAAAUAUGACAGUCAUCGUGGUUGCAGUGGUUUUAGGACGUGGUAAAUUGGCCGAGACUUUGGAAAAUUGAUUUAGCAUCCUGGCCAUAUUUAAAUCUGAAUGUUGUGAGCUGAUUAGCUGCAAUUAAAAAGGCAGCGCCAGUCUAUUUUAAAUUCCAACGUCCUGGCGCACUAGGCGUAUGCGUGAUUUAUCGAUUUCUCAAGUGCAGCGGAUUUCAAAGGAAGAAACGGAGGUGGAAAACGCUUAGCUCUCAGCCAAAUCCUGUCGCAAUUAAAAACGCACUUAAGAACAUAAAAAACGCACAAAAUAAAGCAAACAAAUAAGAAAACUAUAAA